CGCUUCGGGCGGUGAAUAGGAUUAAGCGGCCUAUCCUCUCGGCUUCCGGCGCGCGCGGGGAGCAGAACGCGCGCGAUGCCGCCGCCGUCUCUCCCGCUGCUCCUCCUCCCCUUCUCUUCCCCAAACCCGGCUCUCACCACCGCCGCCUCCCGCCUCCACGCGCCCACCAAACCCCUCGCCCUGCCGCCGCGCCGCCGGCCACUCGUCUCCUCCUGCUCCUCCUCCUUCGCCGUCGCCGCCGCCGUCAACGACGACUACGACGACGAUGUCGUCCUCGGCGACUGCCUCGUGUUCGAGGACGAGGCCUUCGAGGACCCCGCCCUCGACCUCCGCACCCGCCGCCCGCCGCGACGACGGGGGGCCACCUCUCGCGCCGGCAGCCUGGUCCCCGAGAGGUGGAGCGACGCCGUGGAGGAGAUCAACCUGACCAAGAAGGAGAAGCGCCGCAUCGCGCACGGGCUGCGAUUCAACAGCCGCCUCGACCGCCGGGCGCCCUCCGCCGUGGCAGCCCCCGACGAGUACCGCGCCUACCGCGAGGGCCGGCUGGACGCGGAGCUCGGGCGCGUCGCGCGCGACUACGUGGAGCCGCUCGAGGACAAGUCCCGCGCGCGCCGCGACACCGACCCUGGGCGGGUAUAUCGUGACUACAUCGAGCCGCUCGGGGAGAGGUCCCGCGGGACGGAUAUGGUGGAGGCUCCGCCGCCUCCCGAUCCUGGGACGCGCGUCGCGCCGAGGAAUCCGAGGAUGGCCAUGGCUAGGGCCGGUCUGGAGGACAUUGCGGAGCUGUUCAGCAGUAGCGACUAUGUGCCGGGCGAGACGGAGGAUGGCAAGAGCGCCAAAAGUCGCCGGAAGCUGUUCACGGAUGAGGAAAAGGCUCUUCUGAACAAGAGAUUACCUGAUCUGGAAGCUGCAGCUUCUAGUAAGUGGCUGCCACUUCACACCCUUGCUGCAUCAGGAGACUUCUAUCUAUUGGACAAUCUUCUGAAACAUAAGGUGGAUGUAAAUGCCCUUGAUAAGGAUGGCUUGCCAGCAAUUCAUAAAGCAAUUAUUUCGAAGAAGCAUGCUAUCAUCAACUAUCUCUUGAGGAAUUCAGCGAAUCCAUUCAUCUAUGAUAAAGAUGGUGCAACCCUUAUGCAUUAUGCUGUCCAGACAGCAUGCAAUCAGACGAUAAAGACUCUAUUGCUAUACAAUGUUGACAUCAAUCGCCCAGAUGAUUAUGGCUGGACACCAUUGCAUCUAGCCGUGCAAACACAGAGAACCGAUAUUGUGAGGCUACUCUUAUUAAAAGGUGCUGAUAGAACUUUGAAAACACAAGAUGGAUUGACUCCUUUUGACUUAUGUCUCCGAUUGGGUCGUCAUUUGAGGACAUAUGAGCUUAUCAAAUUACUCAAAAACUUCCGACUGCCAAAACAACAUGACUCCUAUUAACUCACAGAUGGUGUGUGACCCUGCCAAUGUCACAGAAGUUCAUUUUUAGAGCUGCACUAGCUGCUAUGUAGCUUCCUGCAGUGUAUGAUGGAAUUGCUUCCAGUUGCAGAUAGAAUGUGGUUGCUGCUGGAAGGAAAGAACCUACCUGGGUUAUGGUCUAGCCAAGAAAACUGUCACGCCUGAAAGCUGCAAGGCUAAUCUUUCAUGUCAUAAUGGUCAAUGGUAUAAUGUCAUAAUGGUCAAUGGUGUAAAUAAACUAGAGGUCCCUAUCAAUACUUGCUUCUCUUUGCAUUUCGUGCACUUUAAUUCAAACAUUUCAGAGUGCAUUGCCUUUAUAGCACCAGCACGUUUAAACCAUCAAAACAUAGUAAAAGCAUCAGGCACAUGGUGAUUCAAAAACUUACCAGAGAUUUGGAUGGAUGAGAAGCCUGAAAGGUGAGCAGAGCUCCUGAACUAGUCCAUGUAGAUGACAUCGCCUUUUAUAUUCUUUCCUCAAGUUGGCAAACCUGGGGUCUCUCCAACGUAGGUAUUACUAGCAUUGAAAGGACUCAUUUAUAAAUAAAUAAAGGUACCGAAAGGACUGGAGCAUUUUAAUUUCUCCGAGCAUAAGCAGAGAGAGAGAGCUCACCUCACUGGCAAAUUAGCGGGUCCACCCAUGGAAACUGGAAGGCUAAUCUUUCAUAUGGAAAACGUCAAUGAUGUACAGGAAAAUUAGGAAGUAUAUUCUUCAUGUAAUUGAGAUCACUAGCUCUGUAUUUACGACUAAAAUGCUGCGAUGUUUAUUUUGACAAGGAGGUAGUAUCUUGCUUCCCAUCAGUUGAUCAGUAGCUAACCGGAAAUUGGCCUUUGAAAUACCUUGAGGGAGGCAUGCAUAAUGCAUCCUAUGUAUCUCUACACUUCCCUAGUGUCGUCUCCUUAUCAGAAAUUUCAGAUAUGGCCUAAUGAAUAUUCUGUAUCUCUACACCUAACGUUUAGUGUGUGCCUUUCGCGCCUGGACCCUGGACCGUUCUUUGGUGCACGUUAAAGACUGGCAUCAAUUGAAUUCCAUUUGUGCAGAUCGCAUUUACAACAUAGAUCGCCAUAUAUUCCAGGUGCAUCUCGUCGGCGCUUCUAAACCAUCAAAACAUACUACUCAGUAGUGAUUCAGAAAGUUACUGGACAUGAGAAUGGAAGAGAAACCCAGAAGGCGAAGCUGUUCUCAGUUGUCAAACCUGAGGGAGCUCUCCAACAGCAGCACAAGCACAGAUAGAGAGCUCACCUCACCUCACCGGCAACUCAACUCGCAGCAAUGUGACCAGACCAUCCAGACUGGCAAAGCUGUAUGCGGGCGUCAGUGCGGCAUUACUCCUUCCUUCUCAACCAUCAAGAAUUGAAUUGGAGCAUGGCGACGAGUUGACAGUUACUAGCGAAGAUGAGUGGAAGCUAUGCGGCAUGGAGCUGGGCUCUGGCUCACUGGACUACACUGGCGAAGUUGAAUGAGGGAAUCUUUGUCUGACGACGUCGAGGCCAGGUCCGUGCAUCUCACCUACAGCUGCGUCUGCGUGUAAAUGUAAAUGGCAGCAGGGCCCUGACCAAAGUGACCAUGCCCCAUAUUCUCUCUACCGCCUGCUGUCGUCUCGUCGUCUCCCUUUGAUGCUUUUCCCUGCCACCUCAUUUACUUCUCCCCCGUUUCCAUUAACUUCCAUAGUUACUCCCUUGCAGUUCCCCAACUACCCGUGGUCGUGGGAACCUUGCCCUUUCGAUUCCUGCUGCUCUCCACCGGCCCGUGAUCGGAAUUCACUCUCUUAAUCUUAUCUUUACUC